AUGAAAAUGAACAUGUUUUCACCGUCGACAGCUGCCAAGUACUACUUUUUUGACAAAAAACGAGAUGUAAGUAGUUUGCUCUACCCCGCCCCAUACCCUGCCGCACAAUACUGUUCUGCCUUGCCUUGCCUUGCCUUGCCUUUCCAUGCCCAGCCCUGUUCUGCCUUGUCCUGCCCUGCCCUGCUCUGCCCUGUCCUGGCUCUAUUCGCCCUGUUUUGCUUUGUUUUGCUCUAUUCUACCUUAUUAUACCCUGCCUUGCCCCACUCUGUUAUGCCCCACCUUACUCUACCCCUUCCCUACCCUAUUACUCUAUUCUACCUACUCUACAUCCUAUCUCCUCCUACGCUACAAUAGCUUAAAUUUUAUGAAAAAAUAGUUUUCUAAAAACCUUCAGACCGCUGACGCAGAGUUCAUCCCAAUGGAACCUCGAAUGUUUGCCAUUUUAUUAAAAAAAGAGCAAAUUUUGUUCUUAUUCGAUGUGGACAAAACAAUCGGCCCCAUGUACCGAUGGGAUUUCACCGAUUCAGAAUUUGUCGUAUCUGCUUGUUGGACCAAGAACACCUUGUUUACUUUAACACGUUUGGGAGUCGUAUCUCGUUGGAAGUUGCUGGCAAACGGUCGAAAAUUACGGGAAAAACACAUUGAUCUGAAGAAAGAGGGGUGUCGACAGCUGAUUACUAUUGAUUAUGAUGUAGGUUUAAUUUAUUUAAUGAUGAGUUUCUUUGUUUUGCUCUUAUUUAAAAUUCCAAUACUUUUUUGACACUUCGUCUCAAUUUCCAAUAAGUUUGUGGCAGUUCGUCAAAAAUGCAAAAUGUGCCAUAAAUUGUGAAGUAGACUUAAACUUAAUACAAUAUAUUUAAAUUAAAAUUGUAAUUUUUAGAAAUUUUUGAUUGUCAGUGAACAAGACGCUUCUGCAAUCAAAUGGAACAGCUGA